ACUGAGACAAAGACGAGCUUUGAUAACGUUACCAGCAGCCUGAUGGCGACAGCUGAUCCAAAAAGCAUCACUGCUGCAAAUCUGGGCACAGCAGAGGCCGGCUUGAUGCUCCGCUCUGAUGGAGAUGAGUCUGGAGCUUUGGACCAAGAGGAGAAACCGCAGGAUCUGCCUGAUGAUAAACAGACGAUUAAAGAAGAAGCUGAUGAAGACCUGAGACCUUGUGCUGUUCUGCAUGAGCCAGAGCUCCACCACAUAAAGGAGGAAGAGGAGGAAGUCUGCACCAGUCUGCAGGGAGAGCAGUUCAGCCGUUCAGUUCAGUUUCCAGUAACUCUUCAUCCCAUAAAGAACGAGGAUGAUAAACAGUGCCCUGCAUUCCCACAGCUUUAUCAAGAACACAUUAAAGGUAAAACGUUUCCAGGAGAGAAUGAUGGAGAAGGAUGUGUGAGGAUAAAAGAUCAUCAAGAUGGGUCAUUUUCCUUAAAAACUGAAGAGGACAUAAAGCAGUCUGAGCCAAAUCAACUAUUAGCCUCUGGACUAAAAAACAAGGACAUGGACUUUGACAGCAUUAACAGACCUUCUUGCUCAUCCGAGUUUGCUCAACAAGUUCUUCACAGAAGCUGUGUUCAGAAAGAUAUAAAGCAAUCAGAAAUAAGAGCUUUAAGCUCCCUGGAUGGUGAGAAAUGCUUUACGAAGUUUAGCUGUGAAGACUGUGGCGAAAAAGAUGCCGGAUUAAAUAGACAUACGACAAUUCACACAGGAGUCAAACCUCUCUGUUGCGACCAAUGUGGACAUAGAUUUAGCCGGAAGGGAGAUUUCAACAGACACAUGAGGAUCCACACUGGACAGAAACCUUACUGUUGUGAUCUAUGUGGAAAAAGAUUCGCGUAUAAACAAAGUUUAAACAUACACACAAGGACCCACACGGGACAGAAACCUUUCUGUUGUGCCAUAUGUGGACAUAGAUGUAGCGAGAAGGACAGCUUAAACAAACAUUUGAGGAUCCACACGGGACAGAAACCUUACUGUUGUGACAUAUGUGGGAAGAGAUUUAGCCUGAAGGGGAGUUUAAACAGACACACGAGGAUCCACACAGGACAGAAACCGUUCUGUUGUGAUCUAUGUGGAGAAAGAUUUCGGCGUGAAGAAGCUUUAAAUGCACACACGAUGAGCCACACAGGAGAGACACCUUUCUGUUGUGCCCUAUGUGGACUUACAUUUAACAGGGAAGUCAAUUUAAACAAACACCUGAGGAACCACGCAGGAGAGAAACCUUACUGUUGCGACCAAUGUGGAAAAAGAUUUAGCUUGAAGGGAAAUUUAAACAGACACGCGAGGAUCCACACGGGACAGAAACCUUACUGUUGCGACCAGUGUGGAAAAAGAUUUCGGCAUAAAGAAAGUUUAAACACACACACGAAGACCCACACGGGACAGAAACCUUUCUGUUGUGACCAGUGCGGACAAAAAUUUAGCCUGAAAGGAAAUUUAAAUGCACACAUGAGGAUCCACACGGGAGAGAAACCUUUCUGUUGUGCUCUAUGUGGAAAAAGAUUUCGGCAUAAAGAAAGUUUAAGCGCACACACGAGGACCCACACGGGACAGACACCUUUCUGUUGUGACCAGUGUGGACAAAAAUUUACUCAUAAAGAAAGUUUAAAGAGACACAUGAAGAUCCAUACAGGAGAGAAAUGACUCAACCUACGCAGCUGCAAGUGCUUAUAUAUAUUUGCUCCAUCACCAUUGAGCGCCACAUUUUUCACUUCUUUUCAGAAUUUUACAGGUGGAUUGAUCUUAGAUUUAGUUCUCAACACGUGUCUUUCUUCAGUUCACUUGGAAUCCAGGGGUUAUUAUUUGGGUAUCAUUUUACUGUCCUAGGGAUGCUGUUAUAU